UCUGUUUCUUGCAGCAUCUUGCUCUACACUUUAGUUUUGAAAAAUCUCCGAUUUAAAUUUUAUCUAGAAAACUUGUUUGGAUUUCAGUAGAAGAGCAGCAUAACUCUAUAACGUUAUUCAGUUACCUUAAACUUACCUUUUUGUCAACUUAGUGGGGCUGUGAGGAACUCAUUCCUGUCCCUGCUGACAAUCCGGAAACAUGGAUACUGCCAACAUGGAGCUUCAAAUACACGCAAUGUCCACAGACUUCGAAAUGGGAGAAACAGAUCUGGAACGUUCCGUGGAGCAGAUGAAAGAAAAAGCAACUGUAAAAAAGGGCCGUGGAUUUAAUGAUACGAGUCGGGUGGGUCGCGACGGAGUGGGUCCGGGUGAGCGUUACGAUGAUGGAAGUGUGCACACCAACGCACGAUUUCAGCCGCAAAAGUCUAUUGAGGGAUGGAUCAUAUUUAUCAACAAUCUUCACGAAGAAACCAGCGAAGAAAACAUAAUCGACGCAUUCCAGGAAUACGGAACCAUAAAAAAUCUCCAUUUGAAUCAAGAUCGCCGAACGGGAUUCAUCAAGGGAUACGCGCUGGUGGAAUAUGAAACGCACAGUGAGGCAGAAAGGGCUAUAAGCUCCAUGAACGGAAAAGAACUUUUGGGUGUUGCGAUCCACGUAACAUGGGCGUUCGUCAAAGGAGGCAGGAAAUGAAGCAGUAAAGGCGAACUCUCGAAGCAUUUGGAAAAAAACCAUCCCUUAAGUUACGGCAUCUCAUGGAUUUCCGGAUGUGCACUGUGGAUUAUAUUACAUAUAUUCGUUUGUUAUUGUUUUUCUGUGGAUUGUGGCAGGAUGAGCAAAUUCACAAUGGUUUUACUCUGAAGUUGAAGUUGCGAGCAUUGUGCAUUUUCAGUUUUCCUGUGUGCAAAAAACGUAAUGAUUGUAAUUAUCAUAUUUUUGUUUACGUUCGGAUUAUAACGAGUUAACACUACGCCAGAUUGCGAAGCAUAAGAAAGAUCAGUACCAAUA